GGGGUGCCACGAUGCCCCGCCGCUGCGCAGGGCCCCGGGCCGCCCCCGACGUGUGACCCCAGCCGGGUGCCCCUGCUCGGCCGGCCGCCCUCCCCUGGGAGACCCCCGGCCCGGGCCCCGGGGGAGGAGGCAGAAGACGCCGCCGGGAGGGGCAUGUCCGGCCCCAAGAGCGCCAGCCCCCCGGGCUACGCGGCGCCCGCGCCCCGGGGAGGCCCGGAGCACCGCGCGGCGUGGGGGGACGCCGACCCCCGCGCCAACGGCUGCCCCCACGGCCCCGGGGGCGCGCCGGCCCCGCAGCCGCGCCUGGCCGGACGCUGGCGCGGCGACGACGGCGGCGGCGGCGACGACCCCCUGGCAGGGGGCUUCGGCUUCAGCUUCCGCUCCAAGUCGGCCUGGCAGGAGCGCGGCGGCGGCGGCGGCGGCGGCGGCGGCGACCCCCGCGGCGGGGGCAGCUCGCGGGCGCCCCCUGCGGGCGGCCCCGAGGGCCGGCCGCGCCCGGGGCCCGAGCCGGGCCCGGCCGAGGCGCGGGGCCGGGGCCGCGGCCCCGGGGACCCCGAAGCCGGCGCCGUCGAGGCCCGCGCGGGGCCCGGGGAGGCGGGCGCGGGCGCGGCGCUGGGCGCCUGCUGCCUGGCGCUGCUGCACAUCUUCCGCUCCAAGAAGUUCCCCUCGGACAAGCUGGAGCGCCUGUACCAGCGCUACUUCUUCCGCCUGAACCAGAGCAGCCUGACCAUGCUCAUGGCCGUGCUGGUGCUCGUGUGCCUCGUCAUGCUGGCCUUCCACGCCGCGCGGCCCCCCGUCCAGCUGCCCUACCUGGGCGUGCUGGCGGCCGCCGUGGGGGUCAUCCUGGUCAUGGCCGUGCUCUGCAACCGCGCCGCCUUCCACCAGGACCACAUGGGCCUGGCCUGCUACGCACUCAUCGCCGUGGUGCUGGCGGUCCAGGUGGUGGGCCUGCUGCUGCCCCAGCCGCGCAGCGCCUCCGAGGGCAUCUGGUGGACCGUGUUCUUCAUCUACACCAUCUACACGCUGCUGCCCGUGCGCAUGCGGGCCGCCGUCCUCAGCGGGGUCUUGCUGUCCGCGCUCCACCUGGCCAUCGCCCUGCGCACCAACGCCCAGGAUCGCUUCCUGCUCAAGCAGCUCGUCUCCAACGUGCUCAUCUUCUCCUGCACCAACAUCGUGGGCGUCUGCACCCACUACCCCGCGGAGGUGUCGCAGAGACAGGCCUUCCAGGAGACCCGGGAGUGCAUCCAGGCACGGCUGCACUCGCAGCGGGAGAACCAGCAGCAGGAGCGGCUGCUGCUGUCUGUCCUGCCCCGCCAUGUUGCCAUGGAGAUGAAGGCAGACAUCAACGCCAAGCAGGAGGAUAUGAUGUUCCACAAGAUCUACAUCCAGAAGCACGACAAUGUGAGCAUCCUGUUUGCUGACAUCGAGGGCUUCACGAGUCUGGCAUCCCAGUGCACGGCCCAGGAACUGGUCAUGACACUCAAUGAGCUCUUCGCCCGCUUCGACAAGCUGGCUGCGGAGAAUCACUGUCUGCGGAUCAAGAUCCUGGGGGACUGCUACUACUGCGUCUCGGGGCUGCCCGAGGCCAGGGCCGACCACGCCCACUGCUGCGUGGAGAUGGGCAUGGACAUGAUCGAGGCCAUCUCGUUGGUCCGGGAGGUGACAGGGGUGAACGUGAACAUGCGCGUGGGAAUCCACAGCGGGCGCGUACACUGCGGUGUCCUUGGUCUCAGGAAGUGGCAGUUCGACGUCUGGUCUAACGACGUCACGCUGGCCAACCACAUGGAGGCUGGAGGCAAAGCAGGGCGCAUCCACAUCACCAAGGCCACGCUCAACUACCUGAACGGGGACUACGAGGUGGAGCCGGGCUGCGGGGGCGAGCGCAACGCCUACCUCAAGGAGCACAGCAUCGAGACCUUCCUCAUCCUCAACUGCACCCAGAAGCGGAAAGAAGAGAAGGCUAUGAUCGCCAAGAUGAAUCGCCAGAGAACCAACUCCAUCGGGCACAACCCGCCGCCCUGGGGGGCCGAGCGCCCCUUCUACAACCACCUGGGUGGCAACCAGGUGUCCAAGGAGAUGAAGCGGAUGGGCUUUGAAGACCCCAAGGACAAGAAUGCUCAGGAAAGUGCAAACCCUGAGGAUGAAGUGGAUGAGUUUCUGGGCCGUGCCAUCGACGCCAGGAGCAUCGACAGGCUGCGCUCCGAGCACGUGCGGAAGUUCCUGCUGACCUUCAGGGAGCCUGACCUAGAGAAGAAGUACUCCAAGCAGGUGGAUGACCGAUUCGGUGCCUACGUGGCGUGUGCCUCGCUCGUCUUCCUCUUCAUCUGCUUUGUCCAGAUCACCAUUGUGCCACACUCUCUCUUCAUGCUGAGUUUCUACCUGGCCUGUUUCCUGCUGCUGACCUCAGUGGUGUUCGUGUCUGUGAUCUACUCCUGUGUGAAGCUGUUCCCCAGCCGGCUGCAGACCCUGUCCAGGAAGAUUGUGAGGUCCAAGAUGAACAGCACUCUGGUUGGGGUGUUCACCAUCAUCCUGGUGUUCCUGUCGGCUGUCGUCAACAUGUUCAUGUGCAACUCCGGGGACCUGUCGGGCUGCCUGGCAGAGGAGCACAACAUCAGCAGUGCCCAGGUCACCGCCUGCCACGUGGUGUUCUCAGCUGUCAACUACAGCCUGGCCGACGAGCAGGGCUUCUGCGGCAGCCCCCGGCCCACCUGCAACUUCCCCGAGUACUUCACCUACAGUGUGCUGCUCAGCCUGCUGGCCUGCUCUGUGUUCCUGCACAUCAGCUGCAUCGGGAAGCUGGCGCUCAUGCUGGCCAUCGAGCUCAUCUACGUGCUCAUCGUGGAGGUGCCCAGCGUCUCGCUCUUCGACAACGCCGACCUGCUGGUCACCGCCAACGCCAUAGACUUCAGCAGCAGCAACAACAACGGGACCUCCCAGUGCCCUGAGCAUGCCACCAAGGUGGCGCUGAAGGUGGUGACGCCCAUCAUCAUCUCCGUGUUCGUGCUGGCCCUUUACCUGCACGCCCAGCAGGUGGAGUCCACUGCCCGCCUUGACUUCCUCUGGAAACUCCAGGCCACGGAGGAGAAGGAGGAGAUGGAGGAGUUGCAGGCCUACAACCGGCGGCUGCUGCACAACAUCCUGCCCAAGGACGUGGCUGCACACUUCCUGGCGCGCGAGCGGCGCAACGACGAGCUGUACUACCAGUCGUGCGAGUGCGUGGCCGUCAUGUUCGCCUCCAUCGCCAACUUCUCCGAGUUCUACGUGGAGCUGGAGGCCAACAACGAGGGCGUCGAGUGCCUGCGGCUGCUCAACGAGAUCAUCGCUGACUUUGACGAGAUCAUCAGCGAGGACCGCUUCAAGCAGCUGGAGAAGAUUAAAACCAUCGGCAGCACCUACAUGGCUGCCUCGGGCCUCAACGACUCCACCUACGACAAGGCGGGCAAGAGCCACAUCAAGGCGCUGGCCGACUUCGCCAUGAAGCUGAUGGACCAAAUGAAGUACAUCAACGAGCACUCCUUCAACAACUUCCAGAUGAAGAUCGGGCUCAAUAUUGGCCCCGUGGUGGCCGGGGUGAUCGGGGCACGGAAGCCUCAGUACGACAUCUGGGGCAACACAGUGAAUGUGGCCAGCCGCAUGGACAGCACCGGGGUGCCCGACCGGAUCCAGGUCACCACAGACAUGUACCAGGUGCUGGCCGCCAACACCUACCAGCUGGAGUGUCGGGGUGUGGUGAAGGUCAAAGGCAAGGGCGAAAUGAUGACCUACUUCCUCAACGGAGGGCCCCCGCUCAGCUAGCCGCCGGCCCGUGCUGCAGGCCGCCCGGCUUCCGCAGAAAUGAAAACGGCUUCUUUGUGCGCCUGGGGGAGGGGGGGCUGCAAGGGGGGUGGCCCUGGUGAGGGUCUCCACUUGGACUCCAGAAGUAGAUCCUGCCUUGGUGGGUGUAGGGGGGUGUGGACGGCAGCUUCUGGCCAGGCCCAGGGGUGCCCGCGUCCUGCGAGCCCCAAGCUGACCAAAGAUGUUUCCUCUGUCAAAGACGCCGCCGGACUCGAUCUGGUCUUGAGUUCUUCGGUGGGUGCUGAGGCAUGUGGGAGGGAGCCUGGAGGUGGGGAGGCCAGGGGCGGCUCUGACGGGGACUCCAGGCGCCCCGCCCCCAGGCACCCGCUUUUCCAAGUGAGCCCUGACCUGCAGGGGCUUAGCUGCAAUCCCCAACAGCUGCGUGCACAGAGUCAGGGCCUCGUGGCGAGGGGAGGCUUGGCCCGAAGCAAGCGUGUGGUUCUGAGAGAAAGGAAAUAUUUAUUAAAUAAAGCAAACCACGUUUCCUGUGCCCUUCUUUAGACUAUGCUAGUUUGUAUGCGUGUAGGAGACCCACAAGCAAACAAGGUGUCCCGGGGGGAGGGGGUGCCCACUUGUUCUUUUUGUAUUUUUUAUUUUGUAUUAUCGAAAGCCUUGGAAAUCUAACAAAUAUACCAAAUUCUAUAUUUUGUAAAUUCUCUGUAUCGGAAUGCAGCUGUGCUCGGCGGGUGCCUGCCCCCAGCCCGUGCGUAUGCGGAUGUGUGCGCUGGUGGACGUGUGCGUGUGUGUGUGCGCGCGCGCGAGAGUGCGUGCUGCAGAACUGGGCCCCACCCAGGUCCAGCCUGAUCAGCAAGCGUAGCCCUGUGGGGUCCUGUGUGUUUGGGUUCAGGAGGAGGAUGCGAGGGUGCUUUAUGCCCCAUCCGGCCCACACCUCACACCCACUUAGGGAUAGACACGCAGGGCACUGAGGCUCCGCUGCCUCCCGCCUCAGGCCCGAAGCAGCUCUGGCCGUGUCCCCUUGCUCCCGAGAGGUUAGCAGCUGUCUGCAGGGCUGGAUACGAGGAGGCCUGCUGGGCUCUCAGGGGCUGAGGUGCUGGGGCUCCUCCUGGAGGCAUGGUCCUCAGCUUUGGGGAGGAAAGGGGUGACCCUGGGGCAAGGCGGGUAGGAAGUCUGGCCCUGUGGUUGUUCCAGGCAAGAGUGGAAGGUGCCCAGGAAAACCCAGGAUUCCUUCCGCUCCAGCCGAGACACCUGGCCCUGCGUUCCUAGACAGUCCGUGGGGCCUGAGCCUGGAUCUUUCCAUUGCUUCUCAGGGCAGAAUCCCUUGCACCUCCAUUGGAGCCUGGGGAGGUGCCCACCUUCGCCCCCUCCCAGCAGGCACUAGGACCCAGCCCUGAGGGCACAGCCCGCUCCGGCCUCCCUCCAAAUCAGGCCUCUGCUGCGUGUCCUUCAAAAGACCCCCGCCCCCUCUGGCGUUCCGGCUGGCGGGCCCGGGCUUCCCCUGCUUCCGGCUGAGGCCUGCGUGUGCGUGUGUGCGCGUGUGCGCGUGUGCCCCAUCCCUGACCCUGUGACCGGUGACCGCGUGCCGUGUUCGACUCCAGUCCCUCUGAGGGGUGUGCACUUUUUACUCCUGCUCUUGCAAAACGGAUACGAUUAUGAUUUCCCAUGGAAAUUGAAAAGCCUAUUUAAAGAAUUUAACUAUUAAACACUUUCACUGGUAAA